UCCCGGAGAGGCUCAGGCGCCGAGUGCGCGGACGGGCACACGAACAGACGGCCCUGGGGACGCCUCGGCCCGCACCUCCCGGGCGGGCUAUGUUGAUUGUCCUACCGGGGUCGGCCCGCGGGAUCAGCACACCUCGGCCCGCGGCCCCGGUGACCAGGGGGGACUAUGAACCGGAAAGCGCGGCGCUGCCUGGGCCACCUCUUUCUCAGCCUGGGCAUGGUCUACCUCCGGAUCGGUGGCUUCUCCUCGGUGGUAGCUCUGGGCGCGAGCAUCAUCUGUAACAAGAUCCCAGGCCUGGCUCCCAGACAGCGGGCGAUCUGCCAGAGCCGGCCCGACGCCAUCAUCGUCAUAGGAGAAGGCUCACAAAUGGGCCUGGACGAGUGUCAGUUUCAGUUCCGCAAUGGCCGCUGGAACUGCUCCGCGCUGGGGGAGCGCACCGUCUUCGGGAAGGAGCUCAAAGUGGGGAGCCGGGAGGCCGCCUUCACCUACGCCAUCAUCGCUGCCGGCGUGGCCCAUGCCAUCACAGCUGCCUGCACCCAGGGCAACCUAAGUGACUGUGGCUGCGACAAGGAGAAGCAAGGCCAGUACCACCGGGAUGAGGGCUGGAAGUGGGGUGGCUGCUCGGCUGACAUCCGCUACGGCAUCGGCUUUGCCAAGGUCUUCGUGGAUGCCCGGGAGAUCAAGCAGAACGCCAGGACGCUCAUGAACCUGCACAACAAUGAGGCGGGCCGGAAGAUCCUGGAGGAGAACAUGAAGCUGGAGUGUAAGUGCCACGGCGUGUCAGGUUCCUGCACCACCAAGACCUGCUGGACCACGCUGCCACAGUUCAGAGAACUGGGCUACGUGCUCAAGGACAAGUACAACGAGGCUGUACACGUGGAGCCUGUGCGCGCCAGCCGCAACAAGCGGCCCACCUUCCUGAAGAUUAAGAAGCCACUGUCAUACCGCAAGCCCAUGGACACGGACCUGGUGUAUAUCGAGAAGUCACCCAACUACUGUGAGGAGGACCCAGUGACGGGCAGCGUGGGCACGCAGGGCCGCAUCUGCAACAAGACAGCCCGCCAGGCCAGUGGCUGUGACCUCAUGUGCUGCGGCCGUGGCUACAACACUCACCAGUACGCACGGGUGUGGCAGUGUAACUGCAAAUUCCACUGGUGCUGCUAUGUCAAGUGCAACACCUGCAGCGAGCACACCGAGGUGUACACGUGCAAGUGAGCCCAAGACCGCACUGCAUGCGCCCUCAAGUCAGGUCCACUGUGGGGAGGACCAGUGUCCAGCUGCACUUACCCUGCAGGUCACUUCCCAGAUCUCCAUAGGGAACUGCAGGAAUGCUGAGCUUGUCUUUCCUGCUGUGGAGGAACCUGCGCAGUUUCCUGCAGACACUUUGGGGAAAGGGCUCUCCAGAGCCCCUAAGCAUUCUAGUCCAUUCCCAGCCUGCUCCGCCCUACCCCAGACACUGCCUGGGCCUCCUCGCUGCAGCAGAGCCUUGCACAGCAGGAACCCUGGAUCCUUGGGCCUCAUCAUAGCAAUAUUUAACAAUUUUGAUUUUAAAAAUAAUAUUAAUUUAUUUAAUUAAAAAGAAUCCUUCCACCUCA